AUUGCACCGUUUAGUCAGCCGUAAAUAUAACCAACGAUUGCAUAACGUUUCCCUCUCCAUCUCCGUCAUCUAUUUAGUUAAAGUAAAAAUAUAAAAAAUAUACAAUGAGUAGAGCCAAUAAAUCGCCAGCUCGGCAAACAAAACUCACUUUCAAGCGCGGCUCAAAGAACAAUCUCAACGUUUAUGAGCAGAUGCAGUCGACGCAGCUGACAGCUGCUGAUUUGGUAGCUCCACCUGCAACAACAACAACAUCAACCACAACAACAACGUCGGGAAAAAUGCAGGUUAAGUUAAGCGCCAGCAAAAUUCGAUUGCAAACUGCACACACGGAAUCGCCCAAUCCGGAUGUAGUGCGUCGAAAGUCGGCGCCACAACUGUUUAGCUUCUCCAUUACACCACAACUGGUGACCACAGCGGGACAAGCACAAAUAGUGCCACGGUUGCCAGCUUUUGAGUUAAGCAACUGCAUCCGACGAUCCCGCACACUUGGUCUGCCCACGGAGCAUCCGAUUAGUUGCACGGAUAGCAAUAGUGAGCAGAGUAGCAGCAUCACAGGUGGAAGCUCCACAUCGCCAGAAUCACCUGACAACAUACUCAGCGGUGCCUCUUCCGUAUCCGUGCAGAGCAGCAGUGCCAGCGAUAUAACCGUGGCACCACCGCCACCACCACCUCCUCCUAUAUUAACUGACCUGCCAUCCCAGAACCAGUUGAAGUCACCGGGGCCACCCAAGCCAAAACGUGUGCUCAGCCUGAAGGCUUCCCCGGAGUUGCGCAUUUCUCCCCCAACACCGGAUAUCGGCGUUCCGCUGGAGGUCACCACCUUGCUCUUGCCGGGCUCCAUUGAACCCUCCGACACGAUGGCAUCUUUGGCAUCCAGGAGCUGCUCACCAUCGCCAGUUGGCAGUCCGUUGGUGUCACCCUCGAGCAGCUUCACUCUGCGUCCUGCCGCCAACGUUGUGAGCAUCAGUUUUCCGGAGGAACUCAAGUGCGCCAUCUGCAUGGAUGUCUACACAGAUCCACGCACGCUGCACUGCCUCCACUCAUUCUGCCUGCAGUGUCUGGUCAAUGAACACCUAAGGAAUGAAGUCACCUGGGAGGAUCGUUCCAGCUACAGUCUGCGCUCCUCCACGCCGGAAAUUAAUGGUGAACUGGCGACUGUCUCACCUGCCAGACAACGUGGCGCCAGCUUCAGUCUGCGCAGCAAGAAGUCUUUGGAUCGCAUGAUGCUAAGGGCCAAGAACGAUGCCAAGCGUUCGACAUCCGCGUGCUCCUCCAGCACACGGUUGAACGCGAGCUUUGCGAGCGAGACGGAAUCCACACGCUGCAUUCGCUGUCACAUCUGUCAGUUUCCGACGAAUCUGCCAGCAGUGGGAGGAGUUCGACAGUUGACACAGAACUUUAUGCUGGUGCGACGUAUUGAGGCACUGCGUCUGCAAGCCGGCGAUGAUGUCAUCUCGCGGGUCUGGUGUUCCCUCUGCAGCGAGGAGAUUGGCGCAAUCUAUCACUGCAUCAGCUGCACUUUGAAUCUGUGCUCUCUGUGCAAGGAGGCGCAUGAACGACAACGCAGCACGGCCAAUCAUCAUAUGAGGAACAUCCUGGAGCUGAGACGUGCCCGCAAGCAGAAGCAACAACAACUAGGAUUGGGAGACAGCAGUCAUCUGCUGAUCAGAUGUGGAUUGCAUGGCUUCGAGUUUAAGUCCUUCUGUGUGCCUUGCCAGCAGUUGGCUUGUCCGGACUGUCUGGUGUUGCAACAUCGAAAUCAUCGCCACGAGACCAUAGCAAAGGCAGUUGUCCAGCUGCAGGUGACCAAGAAAUUGCGGGAGGCGACGGAACAAACGCGUCCACUUUGUCAGUAUGCGGAGCAUUCCAUCGAACGGCUUCACGAGAUUACCCGCGGCAUCAAUGCCAGGUGCGAUGACAUCCAGGCCCAGGUGGAGAGCUACAUGAAUCGUUACUUUGAGGCUUUGCAGGCACAUCGCAAUACGCUACUACAGCAGAUCAGUCGAGCUAGGGAGUCCAAGGUGGAGCUGAUACUUAACCAACAGAUGGAACUGGAGAAACGCACGCAACAGGCGAUGGAUGUGAUACGUUUUAGCCAGGAGCUCUGCGACAUUGGAGCCGAAGUCGAAAUUCUCAGCUUUGCUCGGAUUCUGAUGAAGCGCUUUGAGCUCUGCCAACAAUUUAAGCCCCCAGUGGAUCCCAAGAUUUCGGAUUCGUUGCAUUUUCUGGCUAAGAUCCGAGCACCUGGCACCAAGGAACAGCAUGAUAUUCCAUUGUACGGCAUUAUAACGAUGCAAACUGUGGAGCCAUCACUGUGCACCCUGCAAUGGGAAGGCUUCUCGCAGCUGAGACUGCACAGGAAGGUGGAUCUGUUGCUGCUCUCACGGGAUGCAGACGGAGUGGCUUUGUGUCAUGGUGGGCUACAGAUAAACUGCAUGAUUAAGUACAAUGACGCGAAUGCCAAGUUUCUGCCUAUUGAUGUGUCGGAUCAUCGGGAUGGCACCUAUACCAUCUCCUUCACGCCUAAUACACAGGGAACUCUCAUAUUGACGGUCAACAUCAAUGAUCGCCAGAUAAAGGGCAGUCCCUACACCUUUCACUCCCGUCAAGUUUGUCCGCACAGUGGCAUCUAUCACUGUUGUUCCUUCUGUUCCGGUAAGGGCAGCAAGAACAUCAAAUGUUCCUGUGACGGUCGAAUGCCGGGAUACAGCGGCUGUGGCCAUGGACAUGUUGGACAUCCAGGUCGACGUCAUUGGUCCUGCUGUGGCAAUGUCCUAGAGAACUCUGAAUGCAGUGUCGCAAACAAACUGCUUAACACAUAAGCAUAUGAAACAUUUCCAUCUGCUGAGCAUAUGGGAAUGUCCGCCGUAGCGAACAGACCAAGUUAUUUUAAUGUUAUAUUUAUACAAAUAUUUACAUUCAAAAUGUUGGUAUUCGAGAGUACUAUAAAACAUAUAUCACACUUGGCUUACGAAAAAAAAUAUUCGUGCUUAAAGUUCCGCUAAGGACGUUAUGAAAUACGGAAGUCAAUCUCAAAUUGUCGGGUCGAAUUAAAAAAAAAAAAUAACAAUAAUAAUAGCACAAAGGAUUUGAAAACAGUUUAUUGUGGACAAAAAUUACUUCGUUUGUCCAAUAUAUGAAGUUGAAAUUUAAAAAAAAAUCACGAAUGUAGUCCGAUUGUAUAUAUAAUACACCCCGAACCAGUUUAUAUCUCUGGAGCUAAAAAUAAACAGGCGACACAGAUAUCGAAACCAA